AUGAGUUGCUAUCUUCAAGUGCUGCUGAUCUGUGCUGCUGCGCUGGCAGCCAGCGGCCUGGACAUUGGUCUGCAGCAGGUGCCGGUGGUGCAACAGGUGCCAAUUGUACAGCAGGUGCCCAUCAUACAACAGCAGCCGCAGGCGCUGGGCCUGGCCGCACUGGGCGGCGGCGGCGGUAGUUAUCGCAUCAGGGGGCGUGCCUUUGGUGGAGGCGGCUUUAAAGGUGGCCUGGGUCAUGGCCUGGGCGGCGGCGUCGGAGGCUUUGGCGGCGGUGGCUUUCGCGCACGCUACGACAAGAAGGUGGUCGGUGGCUUUGGCGGUGCCGGUGUACUGGGUGGUGCGGGCGGCGGUGCGCUGCUUGGUUAA